CCGACCUCUCUUCAUCUUUAAGGGAAGAAACGAGAAUUCCGAUUCCAUCCCAUCAAAGAGGCCAUUGUAGAGGAGCCCAUCAACAUCACCCCCUACCUGGACCAACUGGACGAAGCGCUGAGGGAAAAAGUCUUGCUCAUCCAGAAAGGACGAGAGGACACCAACGAUAACUAUCGCACUGACACGGAGAGUCAGUGUGAAAUCAUGCAGGAGAUUGUGGACAUGAUAUUGGAGGAUGAUUUUGAUUCUGAGCUCAUGGUGACGUUAGCUUCGUGCCUGGUCGAAUUAUUCAAAGGACACUUCAGGGGCGAGGUUUUACCCGAGGAGAUCACCGAGGAGACUCUGGAGGAAUCUGUAGGAAAGCCUCUCUAUGUAACCUUCAGGAACCUGUGCCAGAUGCAGGAAGACAACAGCAGCUUCUCGUUGCUCCUGGAGCUCCUGUCUGAACUGUACCAGAAGCAGCCAAAGGUCGGCUACCACCUCCUGUACUACCUACGGGCAAGUAAAGCAGCGGCGGGGAAGAUGCGCUUGUACGAGUCGUUCGCUCAGGCCACACAGCUGGGGGACCUCCACACCUGCCUGAUGAUGGACAUGAAAGCCUGUCAGGAAGAUGACGUCCGGCUGCUCUGCUACCUGACACCAACCAUCUAUACCUCGUUCCCCGACGAGACUCUGCGGAGCAGCGAGUUGCUCAACAUGAUCGUGGCCGUCAUCGACUCUGCCCAGCUGCAGGAGCUUGUGUGUCACAUCAUGAUGGGGAACCUGGUGAUGUUUCGCAAGGACUCUGUCCUCAACAUCCUGA